AGAACUACUUGAACCCCCUAAUUAGUUUUGACGUUUCUUCAAUCAAUUUGUUGAUUAUUUUGAUUAUUAUGGCUUCAAUUCGACACAAAACCAAAAACAAUCGAUAAAAUACCAUUCGCGACAUCAUUUCGUGGACUUCACAAACUUUAUCUAGUGCUAUAAACAUACAAUUGGUUUAGUGACUGUUGUGCUGAGAGAAACGCUUCAAAAUGCCCAACGAAACGCCAGGGUCUCAAAGACUCACAAACGAUGAUUUCAGGAAGCUUCUGAUGACUCCCAGGGCCACCCCUGCCGGGGCCCCUGCAACAGGGUCCAUAAGAGAGGCUAUGGCAGCUUCGGGAACCAUGCUGCCCCCAAAAACAGAGGACAAAAACGAUUUGAGAAGAAAAAAGAAGAGUUACUAUGCCAAGUUGAAGAAACAGGAGGAUAACAAGAUGGCAGAACUGGCCGAGAAGUACAGAGACAGGGCCGGUGAAAGACGUUCUGGUGUGAAUCCUGACUAUCAAGCUGACGAUCCCGUGCAAGCGGCGCAGGCUUAUCGUGCAGUGGCGCCAGAUUUAAAGUCGGGUUUCGAUGCAGCAGAGCGCAGACGGCAAAUGAUCCAGGAAUCCAAGUUUUUGGGUGGUGACAUGGAGCACACGCAUUUGGUGAAAGGUUUGGAUUAUGCGCUGCUGCAGAAAGUGCGCAGCGAGAUUCAGCACAAAGAGCACGAACAAGAGCAGGAGAUGGAGAAGUUGGCCACUAAAUCCAUUGAGGAGAAGGAGAAGGAGAAAAAGGAGGUUCAGAAGAAGGACGAGGAGGAGUUGAAGUUUAAGACAAAGAUUGGGAAGUCCAUUUUCCAUACUAUUUGCUCGUUGAAGUCCAGGCAUAUUGAGAGAUCUGAGUUGUUUGUCCCUGGAAGGAUGGCUUAUGUUAUAGAUUUAGAUGAAGACGCGGAAUCCGACAUACCAACAACCCUAAUCCGCUCGGUAAACGACGUACCCUCAUUCGAACUGACAACCACUCUAACGACAAACGACAUCGUCAUAAACAAGCUGACGCAAAUCCUGAGCUACCUCAGGCAGGGCAACCGAAAAUCGCACAAGAAGAACAAGCGCUCGCUGGACAAGGACAUCGACCUGCUCGAGCUCGAGCACCACGACGCGAAGCGGCAAGCGAAGAAGCCCGAAGACUCCAUCUACGGCGACAUCGGGGACUACGCGCCGAGCCGCGGCAAAACCUCCGACAGGGAGCGCAAGCGGCAGCCGUACUUCGACAAGCACGAGCACGAGCCCGUCGACAACGCGGCCCCUUCGUUCCGGGUGAACAAGUCCGCGGAGAUACUGAAUAAGUUGCAGAGCGGGCAGCCCGAGGGGUACGCGGAGUGCUACCCGGGGCUGGAGGAGAUGAACGACGCCAUUGACGACUCCGACGACGAGGUGGACUACAGCAAGAUGGAUCUGGGCAACAAGAAGGGCCCCAUAGGGCGGUGGGACUUCGAUACCGCUGAAGAGUAUUCGGAUUACAUGAACCAGAAGGAGGCCUUGCCCAAGGCCGCCUUCCAGUACGGUUUGAAGAUGGCGGAUGGCAGACGGUCGAGGAAACACAAGGACAAGAACGAGAAGGCCCAUUUGGACAGAGAGUGGCAGAAAAUUCAGAACAUCAUACAGAAGAGAUAAAGCUUUGAAUGCAUGCAAUAAUUAUUGUAUUUACUUUUAGUUAAUUAUAUUAUAUAAUAUUAAAU